AUGGGUACAGCCACCGGAGCGGGAAAUUCCACCGGGGUGACCUGGUGGGCCAUGAUGAACGGUGGCGUCUACGAAGAAAGUCCGCCACCAAUUCCGCCACCAGCCUCAUCUCUCAUCUCUAUCCACCAGCAGCAGCAGAUUUCAACACCUGGAUCUCAUCAGCAAGCAACUACUCCAAGUUCACCUGGUGCUCCAAGCUCAGUAACCGCCUCCGCACCAGCCCCAACAGCAAGUGCCAGUUCGACAUCUCCAAGCGCUUCCUCCGUUGCCAGCAAUAGUGCCACUGGGCCACUUCACAUUCCAGCUAAAAGAUUGACGGCUACUCCUAUUGCCGGAACAACCUACGGAGAGGUAAAUUGUGUGGAAGGAUCUGCUGCCACUGGAGCGACUGCAGGAGUGAUCAGGCACUCUCACUCGUCCUCUGCGGGUUCACAAGCUGGCUGGACGUCUUACAGCCCCCACAAUCCUCAAGAAGCUUACCACUCGUCAGCUGCAACGGCAGACGCGUUGAAUCAUCACCAAGCAUACGGGGGCACAAACCCCCCAACAUACUACAACCUGGCGGACUCCGGAAUAGGAUCGUCCAGAGAUAGUCGGAAGUCUAGUAGCGCCCUGAGCUUUUGGUCCCCAGCAACAGCCAGUUCUGGGCCAGCUACUGGUGCGACUAACUCCGACUACAAAUCCUACAACUCGGCGACUGGAGGAAGCACUGCUGCUACUUCUUCUUCUGGUUCGACACCUGGUGGUGCCUCUGACCCAGCUGUUUCCAGCGGGCACUCUGGCUUCUCCCAGAGCUGGUGUAACUACUCUCCCUACGCCACUGCUAGGCACCAUCAUUCUGUCGAUACGACACACCAUCAUCCUCAUUCCCAAGCUGGUGUAUCGUAUCUCACCUCUUCGGCGCCAGACGAACGGGGGAGGAUGGCAGCAAUGGUUGCGGCUGAGAGUGCAUUUCCUCAUGAUGGAUACGGAAGUCUGAGAAACUAUGGAGCACCAGAACCCGUUACAUCCAGCCCUUACACGACACCAGUGAUGUGGGGUUCCUCCCCAUCUUCCUUGUUUCCAACAGGUUCAUUGGGCAUGCCGGUCAGUGUACCUGGAAUGGGCGUUAGCUGUGCAGGAGGGAACCCACUGGAGUGGACUGGACAAGUGACAGUGCGAAAGAAACGUAAACCGUAUUCAAAGUUUCAGACUCUUGAGUUAGAAAAAGAAUUUCUGUUUAAUGCCUAUGUGUCGAAACAAAAGCGAUGGGAAUUAGCACGAAAUUUAAAUCUGACAGAGCGGCAGGUUAAAAUAUGGUUUCAAAAUCGUCGGAUGAAAAACAAGAAAAAUAGUCAGCGGCAAACACAGCAAACUAACAAUAACAAUAACAGCAGUGCUAAUAAUGCCAACCAUCAUGGUACAGCUAGCGGUAAUCAUCAUCAUCCUGGAAGUACUCACGGGCCAUCGAGUCAUCAUGUCCAAGUCAGCCAGACGCACCACGCAAAUGGCUCUGCAAAACAUCAUCAUACAACUGCUUCAGCAGCAUCUCCAGCUGUUCACUCUCAUCAUCCUCAUCACUCCUCCCAUCAAUUGGCUCAUAUGGCGGCUCAUCAUCAACAUACAAUGCUCUUCCAUCAGUCCAGCCAUGGUCUUGCCGCCUGA